GAGCCUUCUGGGAACUUGAGGCCACCUUCCCGAGCACGUAGUCCUAGCAGAGCUGUUUAUUUACUCACUUCUCCAAAUCCAAACACACAGCCACUCACUCUACACCUAAGGGUUUUGGAUUCUGCAGGGAGACGUUCCCCUUCCCUAGUAUUUGUGCGUCUUAGAUCCACGUCCACUCCCCACCCCCACCGCAACUUUGGGACCAUUCUCCAGCUCUUCUCUGUUUGGGACCCUCUCCCAGCUCUCGGUUUGGAAAUCCGACUUCGAUAGAGUACUUAAUUUGUAGGAAGAAGAUGCUCUGUUUUAUGGACCUGAGUAUUCCGGGGACUGAAAUGUAAGAAGACUUUAUGUUGGAUAACAGGAAGAGGUGUAGAGUUUGCAGGUAUCAACUGUGGUCUUACUAAGCAUGUCAAUAGCAUCAAUGCCAGAUAGACGGCACAUGUGGCUGGUGGCUGCCAUAUUGACAUUGCAAUUCUGGAAGGUGGAGAGCCUAUGACACAAAUUUAAUUAAAAGGUCCUAUUACCACUGGAUUGUGCAAGAUUUUUAACGCUAUUUUCUUUGAAUUAUGAUUUAAUAUCAAACAUCUUAAAUUUUUUUAAAAAAGGGAAAAAUUUUAGUUUUGGAAGUCAGAAUGCCAAGGAAAAGGAAAAAUCUUGGGGGAAAUCCUAUUCGGAAGACUGCAAACUCUAAGGAAGUUGUCGUAUCCAGUCUUGCUAGUCAUGAGGAGUCAACCACUACCCUUCCUUCCGUGUGUGAGACAAACACUGAUCAGGAAGAACUCUUCACCAAUAUCUCAGAGAUGUUUUCUGAUCUGGAUCCUGAUGUAGUAUAUUUGAUGCUUUCUGAAUGUGAUUUCAAAGUUGAAAAUGCCAUGGAUUGUCUGUUAGAAUUGUCUGCCUCUGAUGCCAAGAUAGAAGAAUCAUCUUCACAAAGCUUUGUUGCUUCUGAGAACCAGCCAGUUGAAACAGGAAGUGAAAUAAUGGAGAAGUGUCCUCUUGAAGAAGAGAGUGAAGAUUCGAAGAUGGAUUCAUUUCUGGAUAUGCAGCUGACCGAAGACUUGGAUUCCUUAAUACAGAAUGCUUUUGAGAAAUUGAACUCUUCUCCUGAUGACCAAGUAUACUCAUUUUUGCCUUUGCAAGAUGUUAAUAGUUUUAAUGACCCAAGUAAAUUUAUAAAUUCACAUUCAAGUAAUACGGCUCCUGUCCAUUGUAUGCAAAAUAUGGAUUCCAACAGUGAGAAUUUAGAAAAUUCUGUCUCUACAGUAAGUUCAAACCCAUUAACUUCACAUUCAGUUUUGAAUGGGUCCAAAAGUUUUAUAAAGGAUAACACUUUGGCUUUAGAAGAUGAUUACCAAGAAGAUUCUCAUCUCAGUAAUUCUUUAAAUCCAACAAAUGACUCUAUCGUGGGUUGUAGCAAUCUUAAUCAGAGACAGAGCGAGCUUUUAGAAUCUGAGCAUGUUGAGGCUCAACUUUCCGAAGCCCCUGUAAAUUUGAAUGCUAACGAACCUCAAGCUUCUUUAAACCUUCCUGUGCAAAAUUCAGGGUGUGAUUUGCCAGAUACUGGUGGGAAUCAGAGGUCUACUUCUGUCUCUGAUAUUUUUGUACCUUCUGAAGGGUUCAAUUUCAAGCCACACAAACAUACUGAACUACCACCAAAGGGGAAGGAUAUGAAUUACUGCCCAGUACUUACCCCUCUCCCUUUACUGCUUCCUCCUCCUCCACCUCCACCAAUGUGGAAUCCAAUGAUUCCUGCUUUUGACCUCUUUCAAGGAAGCCAUGGGUUUGUGGCUCCUGUUGUAACCACAGCUGCACACUGGAGACCCGUCAACUACACAUUUCCACCCUCGAUCAUUUCUCACACUUCCCCAACGAAGGUAUGGAGAAACCAAGAGGGAACAAGUGCUUAUCAAGUACAAGAAACUCCUGUUUCUCAAGUUGUAAGAAAAAAGACAACAUCAUAUGUUGGACUAGUUCUUGUUCUUCUCAGAGGCCUUCCAGGAUCAGGAAAAUCUUUUUUGGCGAGGACUUUGCAAGAGGAUAAUCCAAGUGGAGUCAUUCUUAGUACUGAUGAUUAUUUUUAUAUAAAUGGACAGUACCAGUUCGAUGUAAAGUACUUAGGAGAAGCACAUGAAUGGAACCAGAAUCGUGCUAAAGAAGCAUUUGAGAAGAAGAUAUCACCAAUAAUAAUAGACAAUACAAACCUACAGGCCUGGGAAAUGAAGCCAUAUGUUGCUUUGUCUCAAAAACAUAAAUAUAAGGUCCUCUUCCGGGAACCGGACACAUGGUGGAAAUUCAAACCGAAGGAGCUUGCAAGGCGUAAUAUUCAUGGGAUAAGCAAAGAAAAAAUAACAAGAAUGUUAGACCACUAUCAACGUUUUGUUUCAGUGCCAAUAAUUAUGAGUUCUUCAGUUCCAGAGAAAAUCGAACGUAUUGAAUUAUGUGCAUAUUCUUGUGAGGAUAGAAGUUCCAGCCCAAGAGACAAUGAAGAUAUUACCUCUGAAAAAGAAGAAAAUGUUUUAUCCUCAUCACUGAAGCAUCUAGAAUUAAUUGAAGAAAAGAAUCCUGAAGUGACCAAAGAAACUGUGUUGCCUGAGAAUAUUACAUAUCUCCCCCAUGCAGAUAUAAGCAAAGGAAGGAAAGAAAUAAGUGGUACACAUCAUAACACUCAGAGUCAGUUCAUUCAGGAAGCUGCACACAUCUAUCUUUCAGACUCUGGAAGCAAAGUUCAAGUAGCAGACAAGAGAGAAAAAAAAGAGCAAGUAGAAAUGACAACUGAAAAACAGUGUAUUAAAACUGAUGCAGAUAGAGUAUCACCAAGUAUUUGCUCUGGUGAAAAUAAUCAAGACUGCGAUCUGGCAAAUACUGUACCACUUCAAAAUGAAAAAUCUUCAUCAGGUGAAAUAUUAGAAGAAAGAACAACAGUAAAGAAAAAAGCCUUUGGGAAACAAAAAAGCAAAUCACCUUCGGAAAAGUUUCCAAGACAUGAGCUAUCGAAUUUUGUUGGUGAUUGGCCAGUUGAGAAGACUAUUGGUCAGAGAACAAAAAGGAACCGAAAAUCUGAAAAAGCUUCAUCUAUACAAAGCGACAAAAAGUAUAGUCGCCCUCAGUCACGCAAAGUAUCAGAUAAUAGUGUGUCCAUGAUUACAGAUCAUAUCCAACAACAAGGAUCUGCAUAUGAAAGUGUAGAUGAUGGCAGGAAGUCACAGUGUGAUGAUUCUUCAGAAUUUCUCAAUAGCUGUAAAUAUGAUACUUAUAAAAAUCCUGAAAAAAACUCAUUUAAUAUUGUAGGUGACUGGCCUUCAUCUGAUUCUUUAGCUCAGAGAGAGCAUAGAUCAAAAAUGCCAAAGGCUGAUUUAAGUGAACCCAACCUAGAAUUUGGAACUAAUGAUAAUAUGAAUGAAAUAUCCUUAUAUACAACACAAUCCUGUUGGGGCACAUGCCCUAAAGAACUAAAAUUCUUGGGGAGCUCCACUCUACAAAGUGCUGACAUGAUACCCAGUGAAAUGACCCAGGAGAAUCAAACUUAUCUAAGUAAAAUGAUUCAUGGGCAGCACACAUUGCCUCUAACUUUCACGAGUAAUACAGCAACCAUUACUGGAGUGGUAGGGCCACAAAUUCUAGCUGAAUUUCCAGGGGAAAUGACUAGAGGAGUCCCCGGAAUAGAAGUAGGCACAUGUACCCAGACUGAACCACAGGAUUUUGCUCUCUUAUGGAAAAUAGAAAAGAAUAAAAUCAGUGUUUCAGAUUCUAUCAAAGUAUUAAUAGGAAGAUUAGAUGGAUUUAAACCAAAAGCUUUCAAUAUUAACACAAAGUCAAAUGUUCAAGAGACAAUUCCAUAUAGGGUAAUGUAUGAUAAAAGCACGUAUGUUGAAGAAAGUGAACUUACCAGUGCUGAUGAAUCUGAAAAUCUUAACAUCCUUUGUAAGCUGUUUGGAUCUUUUUCAUUAGAAGCCUUAAAAGAUUUAUAUGAAAGGUGUAAUAAAGAUAUUAUUUGGGCCACAAGUCUUCUGUUGGAUUCUGAAACUAAAUUAUGUGAGGAUACUGAAUUAGACAAUUUCCAAAAAUCAUAUGAUGAAUCACAAGUUGGACCAUUUUCUAUGGGAUUGAAUUUGAAGGAAAUUAUUAGCCAAAGAGAAACAGUAGAGGAUUCUAAUUCUUUUGUGCCAGAAAUUAGUCCUGGAAUCUGUAUCAGUAAUAUUAAUUCACAAUCUAGCUAUAAUGCUGAAAAGUUAAACUCAGAGCAGGCAGAAAUAAGAGCCGUAACUCCUGAAAAGCUUGGAUCAAUAACAAAUGUAUUUCCUAAUGCUGCUGUAGAUCUGAAGAGUAAUAGUGAAAUACUUCGAAACAGCCAGGUAGAACUAUCAGGUUUAUGUAGCUUCAAGCAGUCUCUUCCAGUUAUUCUAAAAUCCGCUACCCCUAAAGAUGUGAGUGAAAUAGAGAACAGUCUGGUAGCGGCAGAGACUGAAGAUGGUAUGCAUUCUUCUUUAAAUUUAUCAGAUAUUUUAAACUCUGUAUCAAGUACUUCAAAUCUUGAAUUAAAUGAAGAAGUUUACUUUACUGAUUCUUUGGAAAUAAAGAAAAAUGAAAAUUUUCCAAAAGAUUAUGUGAAAUUUGUGAACUCUGAAGAAUUUAUGAAUGUAGAUGAACAGGAAAUGGAGAAAAUUCUAAUGGCGGGAAGUAGCUUGUCAGUUGGAGUUAAUGAAGAAGAUAAAACUGAGAUAUUGAAUCCCAUGCCAGGGAUGGCCAAAUCUCUGACCAUAGACUGUCUGGAAUUGGCAUUACCCCCAGAACUGGCUUUUCAACUUAAUGAAUUAUUUGGCCCAGUUGGUAUUGAUUCAGGGUCUCUAACAGUUGAGGAUUGUGUGGUUCAUAUAGAUCUGAAUCUGGCUAAAGUGAUUCAUGAGAAAUGGAAAGAAUCUGUAAUGGAGCGACAAAGACAAGAGGAAGUAUCUUGUGGCAAGGUUAUUCAAGAUUCUUCCCUGGUUGGACAUAUUGGUCUUGAUAAUCCUGAACAAAAAUCAUCUCAGAGAACAGGCAAAAAAUUGCUGAAGACUUUAGCAGCACCCGAAAUGCUCCCCUUGUUGGAUCAUUGGAAUACUCAAACUAAAAAAGUAUCACUCAGAGAAAUAAUGUCGGAAGAAAUUGCCUUACAGGAAAAACAUGAUUUGAAAAGGGAGACACUUAUGUUUGAAAAAGAUUGUGCCACUAAACUAAAGGAGAAGCAGCUCUUUAAGAUAUUUCCAGCCAUUAACCAAAAUUUUUUGGUGGACAUUUUCAAGGAUCACAACUAUUCGUUAGAACACACAGUGCAGUUUUUAAACUGUGUUCUCGAAGGAGAUCCUGUAAAAACAGUUGUAGCUCAAGACUUUGUUCACCAAAAUGAGAAUGUCACUUCUCAUACUGCACAGAAGACUAAAGAGAAAAAGGCAAAGAAAUUGAAGGAGACUGAAGAUACCCCAAGUGAACCAUCUUUCCAGGAUUUCGAGUACCCUGAGUAUGAUGACUACAGGGCAGAGGCUUUCCUGCACCAGCAGAAGAGGAUGGAAUGCUAUAGCAAAGCUAAGGAAGCUUACCGAAUGGGGAAGAAAAAUGUUGCCACCUUUUAUGCCCAGCAGGGCAGUCUUCAUGAGCAGAAAAUGAAAGAAGCCAACCACCUUGCUGCUGUGGAGAUCUUUGAGAAAGUUAAUGCCUCCCUGCUGCCACAGAAUGUCUUAGACCUCCAUGGGCUGCAUGUGGAUGAAGCAAUAGAACAUUUGAUGACAGUUUUACAGCAGAAAACUGAAGAGUUUAAACAGAAUGGUGGUAAGCCCUAUCUUUCUGUGAUUACUGGGAGAGGAAACCACAGCCAGGGAGGAGUUGCUCGCAUCAAACCAGCUGUCAUUAAAUACCUCACAAGCCAUAGCUUCAGGUUCUCUGAAAUUAAACCAGGGUGCUUGAAAGUCAUGCUAAAGUAAAAUAAAUGUCCUUGACUUAGAAGUAUGAAGGUUUGUAGGUUAAAAUUAGUUUUAUUUGAAAUAAUUCAAUCAAUUCUGCUUUAAACGUGUGUUUUAUUAGGAACAAUGUUCACUUAUAAGAAAAAAAUUGUUUUUCAAAAUUGAAGAGAAGUUAAUUUUUUUACUGAAUCAAAUUCCAAGUAAUGUUACCUGUUAAAAAUAUUAAAGAGAAUUUUUAUGGAUUUCAAAAUGUCUAAGAAAAUUAUCAGCUGCAAUUUUAAAGUCUGAAGUGCUCUGAUUCUUUCUCAAAGAGAAAAUGCUACCUUUGUAUUAAUUGUUGUUUGACGUUUAGCAAAGUCCUAAAGGCUUCUGUGAGAGGUAAUGUGCUUUGAGAACUGGUUCAAACCUUUUAGAGGUGUGUAUUAAUAUUAGUAAAGAAAGAAAGGCUAUCUAACAACAACACUUGAAUUCUUUUUGCUUUUGAAGCCAAAUACAUAAAAUCAUUUCAUUUUAUCAUGUCCUGCAAAAGGAAACUUGUGGUCAUACUUUUUUCUGCUUUGUAUGUGACUCAUCUCUUUCCUUUUGUUCUGUUCUUCUGUGUAUGCAUUUUCUAUGAGGAAAGUUGGGUCUGAGAUUAUCUUGUAGUCUUAUCCUUUCUGUAGGCUGAAAGGUCUUCAGAGGUGAGAUGGCGGGCUGUCUGCCACUCGUUACUGCCUUCUAGGACUCCCAGAACCAACCAUUUGCCCGAGUGGCAGCAGAGACAGCACUAAAGAACUAUAUUUUAUAUUGGGGGCAUGUAACUUCUAAACUAGUAGGUCACAAUCCUGUUAAUUUAAAUCAGAAGACAUUUUUAAUAUCAUCAUAAAAGGAAUCUGUCCAGUUUAAAAGAUUUUUACGUUUAUUUUGAAAAAGAGCCAACUUUCGGAAACUUUCAUUGAUUCCUCUUGUUUCAUUAGCUAACAAGUCCUGUAAGUAUGUAAAUUAUAAUUUCUUUUAUACAGAUUUAGUGUGGUAAUGUAUAAUUUUUUAGUAUGAGAUAGUGACUAAAAUAAAUUUGAUUUUGGAUAUAUAGAAGACUUUCAACAUAUAAUUUUCGCAAACAAUUGUGUUGCUUUUUAUUUAGUUUAAAAAAUCAUUUGGACAGGAAUAAUAGGAUUGUUACCAAAAAUAUCCUGGAAAUACAGAAUGAUUUCCCAAAUAAGCAAACAUUUUAAUGAAAAUAACACUCAAAAAAUGUGUUUUUAUGAAUCAUCCAUGCAUGCUUUUAAAAGAAAAAGCCUAUCUUUGAAUUUAUUUCCACAAAAAGGAAUAUAUGUUUAUUAUUCAGAAAUGCUAAUGACUGGUGAAGUAGUAUUCACUUUCUUACAUUUGUAAUAAUUCAUGGGAAAACAUGCCAAUAAACUAAACUGCACACUUUUGUAAUGUUUAGAAGUGUUGUAUACAUUAAAAUAGGCAAUUCCUUUUGACAAUUUAUUAUAAAAUUAUACUUGUUAAUGAAAUAAAAAUAUCCCUAUGUAUAAAUUAACAUGAUUUAAAAGCAAUUAAAAACAACACUAAAAUGUGGAGUACUGGAGUAUAUGCAGUUGCAUACUCACUUUUUGUGUCUAUAUUUUCUCACCUGGUUAAAAAAAUAUCACUUUUGAGCCCUUCGGCCAGAUUUACUUCAAUAUUAUGAUGAUAAUGAUUGUUAAUAGGGGAGCAGUCAAAAGUAGUUAUGGUAAUCUAUGAGUAAAACCUAAAUGAAAGAAGCUAUGUUCUAUACUGUAUCAACUUCAAUUUUAUGUCUUAUUUUGGUAAAUCUGGUAAUAUUUCUUCAUUACCAUUGAUAAAUUUUCAAGCAGAGUUUGUGCAUUAUAAAUAUUUUUAUGAAGUUGUUUAAACCUAUACUGCCUCCUGCCCUCCUACCUAGUAUAGUUUAAGUAACACGUAAUUUGGGAAAGAAAAUUUAUGAUCCCUUUUCUUUUGCCCAUUUUCAAAUCCUAUAUGCCAGAAGGGAAGAUAGCUUGGGCAUUAUUGAAGUUUUCAUGUGAUGGUAUAUUAGAAGAGCUCUUUGUAAACUUUAAAAUAUUUGAAAAGCAUAGCACUUCUGUGGUUUGGAAGGCUUUAGUAUCAAAUCCAUUCAUAUUCUCUUACUGGUAUCAUCCAGAGGAAAGAGAAAAAGAGAACUAAUGUAGAAACCGCAGAGUGCCUGCCUCUGGGCCAGGGGAUUCUUAACAGUGUUUGCAAUCUGUCUAUCUCCUUUGUCCAACGUGAGAAAUUAGAAGCAUGUUUUCAUACACUUAUUGGCUGUUCAUAUAUCUCUAUGUUAUUUUCAAGUUGAAGUUUCUUCUAAUAGUAUUUCAAUACUAUCUGCAGUUCUGUGGCCUUUAAAUAUGGUUCAUAUUAUAUAGUAGAUAUUGUGACUCUAAAAUGUUUUGCGUAUUAUAACAUUUUGAAAGGAAAAACAGUUUUUUUGGAUGGUUUUCUGUCUUUUUAUUAUAGCCUUUUUCUUUUUAAAUUCAAGUGUUUUUGUAUGCUUAGGAAAAGGAUACAUGUAAUAACAUGAUUAGUUAGUUCUGAGCUGGAAAUUGGAAACUUUUGAAACUCAGGAAAUUGCUCUGACAAUGUUUUAACUGCUCUCAAUGUAAGAAAAUGGCAAAAUGCAUAAAAAAAGAUAAAAAUAAUGUGUGCUGUUUUUUCCAGUGCUUUUUCUCAAUGCUUUUUCAUUGUGCAAUGAGGUGAAGUUUGAUGAUAUUUUUGUGUAGUGAUUAAAUAUUGCUUAUUUUUAUUUACUUGUAAAGAACAGAUUUAAAAGUUUGUGUGGCCAAAAAAGUGUCAUUUAAAAGGCAAAGUAAGUUUAUGUAGAAUGUAUGUUAAUGGUGCUUAUUUUUGAAGUGUAAUUCAAGUUUACAGUAUUACUUAAUGCCUCUUUACAGAAUUUAAUAGAGAAAAAAGGCCAGGACACAUUUGUGUCCUGAAGAGCCUUUUCAACUUCAUGUUAUAAUAUGACAAGGUUUAUUAUUUUCCUUAAAGUUGAGCAAUUGACUUUUAUGGUCCAAAUGAUGAACCUGUUAUUAAUAAAUGAUUGAAAUAACCAUGAGAUUUUUUCCUUAAAAUAUAACAUUGCAGCUAUCAGUUGGAGAAUAUAAGAUCUUCAGAUGGUAUAUCAGAAACAAAAUGUUUUUAUUUGUACUAUAAAGAAAAUGUAAUUUUGCUGUUAACUCUGUACUUUUUUAUUGAAAAUGUUUAUAACUUUGCUUUUAAAAUUUCUUAUGAAACCAUUUGCAAAUUUCACACUUAAUUUAAUAAAAUGCUUUAGCUACA